AUCCUUUAUAAUUCCCUGAGUUAGGUAUACGAUACCACAAAAUCUGUACUUACAGCUGAUAAAUAUUUCUGCUGAGUACCGGUCUGCUGCGUGUGUGGGUGUAGUCUCCUGGUACUAUAGCUUUAACUCAAGGCAGUUUGAUAACCAUAAAGUAAGGCUUAUUGAAAAUGCAGAGUGAGAAGCAGGAUCCAGUAAAUUACUAUAUUGGGAUUGAUGUUGGAACGGCAAGUGUUCGUGCGGCUUUGGUAGACCAAUCUGGGACGAUAGUGGCACAUGCGGAUCAGCCAAUCCAAAUUUGGGAACCCCAGCCGGAUCACUAUGAGCAAUCCUCUGAUGAGAUCUGGGCUGCUUGUUGCACAGUCACAAAGAAAGUCAUCCAACAAGUAGAUGUUGCCUGGAUUCGAGGGCUCGGUUUUGAUGCUACGUGUUCACUUGUUGUUGUGGAUAAGCAGUUUCAGCCCUUGGCAGUUAAUUAUGAAGGGGAAUGUAAACGAAAUAUCAUUAUGUGGAUGGACCAUCGUGCAGCCAGUCAAGUGGACAGAAUCAAUGGAACUCAACACAGUGUUUUGAGCUACGUUGGGGGAGUGAUGUCUGUAGAAAUGCAGCCGCCUAAAUUGCUGUGGAUGAAAGAAAACUUGAGAGAGUCUUGCUGGAAAAAGGCAGGCUACUUCUUUGAUCUUCCAGAUUUCUUAUCAUGGAAAGCAACAGGUGUCACUGCAAGGUCUCUCUGUCCAUUGGUGUGCAAAUGGACAUAUUCCCCAGAGAAGGGCUGGGAUGAUAGUUUCUGGAAGGUGAUUGGUUUAGAAGAUUUGGUGGCAGAUAAGUAUGAAAAAAUAGGAAACCAAGUCCUGUCUCCUGGAGCUUCUGUUGGAAAUGGCCUAACGCCAGAGGCUGCAAAAGACCUCGGUCUUGCUGAAGGGACUGCAGUAGCAGCAUCUCUCAUUGAUGCACAUGCUGGAGGGCUAGGAGUGAUUGGAGCAGAUGUGAAAGGAUAUAACCUGCCCUGUGAAAAUCAACCAGUUAUGUCCCGGCUUGCUGUGAUCUGUGGAACAUCUUCCUGUCACAUGGGGAUAAGUGAUGCUCCCAUUUUUGUGCCUGGUGUUUGGGGUCCCUAUUACUCAGCCAUGGUGCCUGGAUUCUGGUUGAACGAGGGAGGCCAAAGCGCUACAGGAAAACUGAUAGAUCAUGUAGUCCGAGGCCACGUUGCCUUCCCAGAGUUACAAGCAAAAGCCGCAGCCAGUGCUCAAAAUAUAUAUACAUACUUGAACAGUCACCUGGAUCUGAUUAAGAAAUCUUUGCCUGUGGGUUUCCUCACUGUUGAUUUACACGUUUGGCCAGAUUUCCAUGGUAACCGAUCUCCCUUAGCAGAUCUGACACUGAAGGGCAUGGUUGUUGGACUGACAUUGUAUCAGGGCCUUGAUGAACUCGCUCUUAUCUACUUGGCCACAAUUCAAGCCAUUGCUUUGGGAACAAGACAUAUUUUGGAAACUAUGCAGUCUGCUGGGCAUCACAUCAGCACUCUGUUUCUGUGCGGUGGGCUGAGCAAGAAUCCCCUCUUUGUGCAGAUGCAUGCUGACAUUACCGGCAAGCCCAUUGUCCUGGCCAAAGAGGUGGAGUCUGUUUUAGUUGGUGCUGCUAUUCUUGGAGCUUGUGCUUCUGGAGAUUUUGCCUCAAUACAGGAGGCCAUGGAGAGAAUGGGAAAAAUCGGGAAAAUCGUGCAACCAAACCACAGGGAUAAAAGAUUUUAUGACAAGAAGUAUGAAGUGUUUUUGAAACUUGUUGAACAUCAGAGAGAGUAUAAAGCCAUCAUGCAAGGCGUAUAAUCAACAGUCAUAUAGUCUGGGAACUACAGGGAUCACAGAAUUUCCAGAGGUUUCCAAUUAAAAGUUCAUAGGAAUUUUGUCUCAUUGUGUCAUUCAAUUUAAAACAAAAUUGUUCUAAUUUUAAUUUAAAACUCUAGUACUUUCACUACAUGCUGCUGCACUGAGUAAUCUUUCAAGCCACUGCACGCCACAGAACUAUAGAGUGGGGUUCUCAACCUAUUUCUUUCUGAGCCCCCGAACAUGCUAUAAAAACUCCACAACAAUGUAUUUUCUGCAUAUAAAAGCCAGAACCGGCGUUAGAGGGUAGCAAGCAGGACAAUUGUCCAGGGCCUCACACUACAAGGGGUACUGUGAAGCUAAGUUGUUCAAUCUUUGGUUUCAGCCCCAGGUGAUGGGGUCUGGGGCCCUGGGCUGCAAUCCUGUGUGGUGGGGCUUUGGCUUUCUGCCCUGGGGCCUAGCGAGUCUAAUGUCGGCCAUGCUCGGCGGACCCCCUGAAACCUGCCCCAGACCCCUGUUUGAGAACCACUACUAUAGCUGAACACUGACUCCAGUUAAAAAAAAACAGACAUGCAACCAAGGCCAACAAUAAGGUAAUGACCAUGAGCUGGAAAAGCAGAAGAAAUCAGUUAAUUAGCUCACCAAAGCAAACCACUAGUGGCUAGGAUAGAAAGGCUGUUGCAUUUUUAACAUGGAUUCUGCUGUACGGUUUCAUAAGAUGACUAGCAAAGCAGGUCUACUGCUCCGUUUAAUUCUAGCACCACUCACCUGAUACAGUUAAGAUUGACAUUGAAUUUUCAUGGUCAAACUCCUACUGUCCGGAGGGUAAAAUUUGAUGAUAGCAUUUCUGUCUGGGUGCUGAUAUUUUUGAAACAUGCUUGUGACCUGGAAUUUGUGUUUUGUUUUUUUUUCCUCUGACACACUGCAAAUUUCAAAAGUAAUUUCAGGGGGAAAAGUGUGAUGGGCAUUGUUUUUUAUUUGGGUGCUUUCCCCCUCCUUGCAGUGUCAGACAUUUGGCUGUCAGAUAACUCAAUCCAUUUUGUCUAUGGCAAGUGAUUAGUCCUUAAUGUGCACCAGUUAUUUUGAAGAUGGAAAAACAGCCAGCCAUUCAGAUUUAAAGAUCAGAUUGUGCCGAUGCAAUUAUUUUUUUUAAGCAUGUUUAUCAUGCAGGUGCCUUUCCGUGACUCACAGUUGCUAAUAAAACAUCCUGCUGGCUGCUUCUCAUAUAGCCACCAGUGAAGCUGUCCAGAUGAAGGUGGUCCCAUCCUCACAUCAUAGACAGGGUCUGUGUCUGGUGACGCAGGAGACAUGAAACUGAGAGUGUUGAGCAUGGAGCCCCAAUAUAUAAGUGCAGGAGAGGCACAGGUUGGCUUCUCCCUGUCCUGCGUUUGUGCCUGCACAAAAGACUUCCCAUGCUGUGUAUUGCAAACCAAAGAGAAACAGGGCUCCCUUGUAAGAUAUGAGGGCCCAAUCCUGCAAGAAUCUGAGCACCCCCAAUGACUUCACUAAGUCUCACAGGAGAAACAUUCUGUUACUUAUCCAUGAUUUGUGUAUUGUUAUUGCCUGGCAAGUUAGGGUUUUAACCCUGUUUAAAAAGCAAAGGCGACAGCAUUCACCAUGAAAGGGGAACAAAGGUGGAGUUAGAGAGAGAGAGGUAUCUUAGCAGCCUUAAAAAGCACACAACCGACCAUGCAAACUAAUUGUGACUCUAUUCUAGAUCACCAAUGACAACAUUUUUAACUCCGAAACUCCCAGCCUAUUCUUCGGCCACUCUCACACUGAGCCCUUACUAUACAACAGCAAUAAUUAUAGUACAUUUAUAUGAAAUGUGACCCCAACUUUAUGCACUUGGCUUAAUAGAAAUUCCAUUCUUUAGUAAUAGCAUAGACUGCAACUCCAAGUUAAGUGCAAACAGGAGUCACCUGACGACAAAAUUAUACUCAGGGUACCUUAAAAAUAACUGCCAGUUUCUGAAACUAAAUCAAUGUUAGUAGUCAGUGCU